GGCCAGGCAUCAAAACGCACCUCUGACCAGCCAUAGUUUGGCAUCUGCAUCUUGCUCUGGCUCAGCUGAUGGUCAGGAAUUAAGCUAUUACCUGUAUCACAAUGGAAGAGAUGAUACAGAAGCCUAUAAAGACUGAGUGGAAUUCUCGGUGUGUCAUUUUCACCUAUUUUCAAGGGGACAUCGGCAGCGUAGUGGAUGAACACUUCUCCAGAGCUCUGAGCAAUAUCAGGAGCCCCCAGGAAUUGAGCCCCGUCAGCCAGAGUGGAGAUGUGAUCCUGAAGAAUGAUAGUGACAUGCCUCCAAAUCAGUGGCGUUUCUCUUCUCAGUGGACAAAGCCACAACCAGAAGUACCUUUUGCAAAUGGCACCGUCAACUGCAUCACCAAUGGGUUUGGUCCCAUGGCUAUGGAUCAGUACCCAGUGCCCCUGACUGGGAGUCCCUCUGUUCAGCCUGGUGAUCUGUGGCAUUUCUCCUCCUUAACCAGCCCAGGAUCUCCAGAGCCAGAAUAUCCUCAUGCCUUCUCUGCUGGGCACCUGGUUCCAGAGGCCCAGCCUAAUGGGAAAUAUGAGUCCCUCCUAAAUUUCUUCCAGCAAGAGAGAUGUGUAGCCUAUCCUCAGCAAUCUGCCAUGUGGGAGAAUUGCAACUCCGCCCAGGCAGCCAGAAGCACGGGAAUGCCCUUCAACCUGCCUUCCAGCUCAGCCCACUGUAAGAAAUAUUUCCGCCCAGAUUGUGGAUCUGCCAGUGCCAGCCUUGCAAGUGGAAAAAGCCAGUCUCCAGAGAGAAGAAAAGAUUUGUUCUUUUAUUGAACUUCAGUUUAAAGAAAAGAAUUCCUUUUUCCAAACCUGCUCAUGAUUUUCUACUGUGAAACCAGAGGAUCUAAAUACAACACGGUCCUUUUCUCUUUUUGUCACUAAAGAGCACAGAGUCUAGAGCAAGUUUCCUUUCUCCCUAAAAUUGUACACUUCUCUUCCUUUGCACCUAUGCUCUAUGGCAGGGGUUUUAAAAUUUGUUAAGUGAUUCCCCAGCACAUAAAAUCAUUAGAAAAGCUAUUCAGGGAUGGGAAGCAUGGAGGCCCACCUGCUUGCUCAUCCUACCCUGCCACUGCACCACUGCUCUCCUACUUAGAAAUCAUAGUAUGCUUACUCUCUACCAGAAGGAUCUUUCAAACCAAGACAGACAAUGGGGUAUUCUACGAGGUUGUCCCACUUUUCCAAUUGAAUAGAGAUACCAGGAUCAGUAUUAAGCUUUCCAACCUUAACCAGACUGUGAUCAGCUUCACGCCUACCUUUACCAAAAUCAAAAUGAAAAAAUGGGGUGGGCAAGGUAAUGGGUUGAGGCUGUCCAUUCCGUGCAUCCUCAAAGUCUAGACGAAAACUGAAAAGGUCUCAGGCUGACCUUGAUGAAUGAAAUAGUUUCACUUGGAAAUUUGGAUUCCUCACUUCUAAAAAAGUGAUUCCUACUGGAAUUGCUGAGAAAUCCGAGGACUAACUUAUUGAAGUUAGUUAGCAAACUGCCUCAUUCCAAGUUGGACCUAGAGUAAGUUUUGUAUCCCAAGCAUUUCUUAGCCUCAGUUCCAUGAGUUCCUGUCUGCCCUCAGUCUGAGGGUGAGGACUCUGGCAUCUGAUACUCCACAGGUAUUUAUUUGGACCUUGGCGGCACCUUGCAGCUUUCCACAGGGGCCAACCUAAUUUACAUAAACAACGUAACAUUUCCUUUAGCUCUUUCACUGUAAGUGACAUCUGGGAAAAUUAACUUUUUUUCAGCACAGAACCUUUGGGGCCACCCAUGUAAAUAACACACAGUAUCUUAGAUGAAUUAGAGGUGAAAGGAAAUGGUUGGUCCAAGACAUAGCAGCAAGACCUCCCUGCAGAUUGUUCCUAGUAAAAUGACAAAUUUCUCUAAACUCAUUAAUCUCUCUAACGUAGUAGACAACCUUGCGUCCACUGUGAGCUUGAUACUUAACAUAUGACAACCCUGGAAGCCCCUGCAGUCAAUGUUCCCCAUUCACACUCCACUUGUUCCUUUGUACUGCUUAGAGGGUAAAUAAUAAAACUUCA